ACUGAAACCAAUUAAGUGGAUUAAAUCUUCAGGCAAGAACUUUAUCAAGAAAAGAAGCAAUAUGAACAAGAAAAAAAAUAUGGCCAUUGAUUUUCAAGAUAAUAUGAUAUUGUUAACAAGAAAGUACUUAAAACGUAAAAUCAUGUGUCCUGAGACAAAGUUUAGGCACCAUGUGAAAGAGCGUAUGCACGUGCUGGAGUUACUAAAGCGUACAGUUGAUAUGGGAGAAAGUAAUUCUGCAUUGUUAAUUGGACCAAGGGGUAGUGGGAAAACAACAUUAAUGAAUAGUGUUUUGAAAGAAUUGUCGUCCAUAAAGAGUUUCAAAGAAAAUGCUUUGAUAGUAAAUCUUCAUGGUCUUGUCCAUACCGAUGACCGUUUAGCAUUGAAAGAUGCCACUCGGCAAAUGCAGUUAGAGAAUGCAGUAGGAGAAAAAGUUUUUGGCACAUUUGCAGAGAAUCUGAGUGAACACCAUAAUCAGACUUUAUUGUACAAUUUGUUUGAUAUUGCUCAAUCAGCUCAAGCACCGAUAUGCGUGAUAGGAAUGACUUGUAGAUUGGACGUCAUAGAACUUUUAGAAAAAAGAGUUAAAUCAAGAUUCUCCCAUCGUCAGAUAUUUUUGUUCCCUGGCGACACAUCGUCUUCUGAGCAGCCGACGACUGCUUUUGACGAUCGUUUGGAACUGUUCCAGCACCUUCUUAGUCUUCCCGAUGAUGAAAAUGUAAAUAGGAUAGAGCAACAAUACGACGAUUGUACCAUAGAUCCACAGUUUGGUUCCAUGUGGAACGAAUAUAUAAAGAGUUUAGUCAGUAACGCGACUAUGGUGAACUUGUUGAAGAGAAUGUAUCAGAUGGAUGUAAGCGAGAGGAGUUUCAGAAAUUUUCUAGCUGUUGCUGUUUCCACAUUGUCGGAGAAACAUCAGAGACUGGAAGUGAAUGAUUUCGUAGAAGCGAGCAAAAUAUUCGCUCAGGAUGAUAAGGUUCUAAUGCUCGAGGGAUUGUCUGUUUUAGAAAUGUGUUUAAUAAUAGCGAUGAAACAUGAGACAGAAAUUUAUGAUGGAGAACCAUUGAAUUUCGAGGCAGUCUAUAAUCGUUAUUUUAAAUUUGUCAAUCAGAAUUCGUCCAUACAAAGCGUUCAGAGGCCCGUUAUCAUGAAGGCCUUCGAGCAUAUCAAGAACUUGGAGAUCCUGAUGCCGGUGAGCGGUAUGAAUUCAAAAGUCGAGAAGGAGUAUCAGUAUUAUAAAUUUUUGCUCACACCACAACAAGUUAUGGAUGCUGUGAAAAAUUAUCCUGGUUUACCCACCGAAGUCUCUCAAUGGGCUUUGAGUAGUGUGUAAUGAUGGUAAUUUAUGCAUGAAAUUACA